CCGAUAAAAUAAGUUCAUUUAAGGUCCCUUCUCUGUUGCUGAGUUUGACAUUCUUAUGGAUCAAGAAAUUGGGUCUUGAGGAGAACCGUUUCUACAAGGGACCCACAUCAACGGCCGAUAAAAGCUGGCAAGCCGCAAGUCUAGCCUUUCCUCGUCGUCUUCCCGUCUCCUUGCCCGAAAUCCCAAAAUCCCCCAACCGCCCACCUCGCCAUCCACGACUAUCACCAUGGAUGUGUCUCCGGCGCCGCCAUGGGCGGAGCUCCCGGACGCCGUCCUGCUCGGCAUCGUCCGCCGCAUCCCAUGCGCGUUCGACCGCGCCCACGUGGGAGAAAUCUGCCGCUCAUGGCGCAGGACGCUGCUACAGAUCCCGCCACCGCGGCCGCUCCCGGGGAUCCUCCUCCUGACACCCCACGGGCCUACCCUGUCCUUCGUCGUCGCCGGCGACGCCUGGUGCACCCACCCCGCCUUCGUCCCCGAGGCCUUCCGCCGCGCGCGCUACUUCGGCUCGUACGACGACUCGUGGCUCUUCCUCGCCGUUGGCCAAGACAACGGCCACGCGCUCUUCAACCUCACCGACUCCCAGGAGGAGGAACUGCCCAACUGGGGCACCUUCCAACUCCACGACCGCGAGCUUGGGGCCGAGAUUCUCCUCGUCGCCGCCACCCUCUCGUCGAGUCCAAAUGUACACGGAUCCGUCGCCGGCGGCAUCCUCACGGCUGACCUUCCGCCCGCCAACUCCAUGGAGCACAUCGCGUUCUGGCGCACGGGUUCUGAUGUGAUGUCAAAGGCCAUCAGGGCAAGCGGGGUUGGGCCAUUGGAGGACGUCACAUACCACGACGAGGCCUUCCAUUUCCUCACCCUGGACGACAUCAUUGUCGUGUGCAGAGCGUCGAUGGCAGAGCCAGGGUCACCAGGCAAGAUCGUGGUCGUGGAUGAGGUGCAUGUGAGUAUCGAGCUGGGCAACAUCGCGCCACGCGAUGAACUCGGUUAUCGCGACCUGCGCAUCGUAGCCAGCUACCUCGUGGAGUCCCGCAAUGACCUGCUCAUGGUCGAGAAGCUAGCUCCCAACUUGCUGUCGCCGGCAUCGGCGUUCCGGGUGUUCCAGAUGAUCAAGGAGAGGUUACACGACGGCCAGGUUCGUUACUCAUGGGAGGAGCUGACGACCAAGCUGGAUGGCCGGAUGCUGUUCGUCGGACAAGGUUGCUCCAGAUCAUAUGAGGCGGCUAACUACCCCGGUUUGGACGCAGGCGUCUACUUCUUGGAUGAUCGGAGCACCCGCCACGACCCCAAGAUUCCAUUUCAAGAAGCCCGCGCACGGCGGUAUCUCUGCAGCGACAACGGGAAAUGGUCAGGAACACCUCCCCAGAUCAAGCUCUGCGUUCCGGAUCCAGGCCCAUCGAACCACUCUCCUCCCGUUUGGUUUUUCCCUUGAGACGACAGAUUUCUGACACCUUGUUACUCUGUCAUGCUUCAUCUGCACUGAGUUUUCUGUUUCUGCUUGCUGAGUUCGUUGGCUCUCCUCAUGUUGAUAGUUGCCUGAUUAGUCUCAUGUAGUUGUAUGUGUUUUGUUUCUGCUGGAGUAGAACUCCUACAGUGCACAAAUCGGCAAAUCACUUGCAGCAGAUCAGUGUGUAGUUCAGUUCCUGUACUUUACAUCCCUUCCACCAUUCUGGAACCUUUUCUGAUGAUAACCAUGAGCCCGUACAUCUUUGCAUUUUCAUUGAUAACUGAUGUCUUUUUUUGAACGGAACUGAUAACUGAUCUCUGAACAUCUGCAGUUGUGCAUGUUUGUGCUCGUUUUUGGGGUGGAUGGAGUUUUACUUAGCUUUUCUUGAAAUUGCAAUGAAUCUGACUUAGUUUUCUGUUGCACUCAUUCUGUAUGCUUUAGCUUUCUAAAAUUUAUUUAGUCUCAUGAGAGCUCUCUGAUAAGUAACUUUUUUUUUAUAGACUCUGAUA